AUGACUCUUUAUCCUUCAAGUUUCGUCGUAUUAUUGAUUCUGUUUCAAGCUUCAAAUGGCUGCGAUUUCAUUCGAGAAUCUUGCACGAAGGCCUCGGAGAAUGAUCCAAUCGUUCACUAUGAUUUCUGCGUCGCCAGCCUUGAGGCCGUGAUCUCUCAGAGCAAUCCACCAACCAGCCUUGGAGAUCUUGUGGCCAUGUCGAUUCAGAUAACAAAGUCCAACGCAACAGACAUAGUUUCCACCAUUUCCGAUCUUUUGAAGGAGCCCAACCAGUUCAGUGAAUACGCCAAGGAAUGCUUGAAAGAUUGUUCUGAUCUUUACUCAGAUUCCCUUGCUGAUUUGGAUGACGCCAUGGGAGCUUUUGAGUCUCAAGAUUUUAACACAGCGAGUAUGAAGGUAAGCGCGGCCAUGGAAGCUUCUGUGACCUGUGAAAACCAAUUCACUGACGGGAACGAAGAGUCUCCUUUAACAGAGCAUGAUAAGACGUAUUUUGAGCUUAACGCAAUGUCUCUGGCUUUCAUCAAGAUUCAUCAGUAG